CGCAAAAACCCUCCAUUGUUUCUCAUUGUGUUGUUCGUAGCUUUUACCAUGUUCCCCAGGGUGAUUUUGAAGGGGACUAUGAUCAAAAAAUCUCAACAAAAGAAAAGAACAUCACCUUGUAACUACAAGGAGAGAUAUUUUGUCUUGGACACCCAAGACCUGAAGUAUUCUGAACGCCGUCCAGGGAAAAAGCCCAUGAUGAAAGGUUGCAUCGAGCUUUCCAGAAUUAAGUGUGUGGAGAUUGUGUGUAGUGAUAUCCCAAUACCAUGCAACUUUAAGUACCCUUUUCAGAUUUUUCAUGACAGCCAUUACCUCUACAUUUUCGCCCCGGACAAUGAUUGCCGUCUGAGAUGGGUCAGAGCUCUCAAGGAAGAGACGAAGCAUAACAAUUUGGUCGCAAAAUACCAUCCAAACUUCUGGAUGGAUGGAAAAUGGAGAUGCUGCCACCAGACAGACAAACUGGCAGCAGGUUGUAGUGUUUAUGAUCCAGUGGGUUAUGCCUCUAAAAAGCCCCUCCCUCAACUCCCGGACUCAGAGAUGGGACUGCAUGAUGCAGGACAGAGGGUGGUCAUCGCGCUGCAAAACUACACACCGCUGGGAGACGAUGACUUGCCCCUUCAGAAAGACCAGGAGUAUGUCCUGAUUAAAAGCUCCCACCCUGACUGGUGGGCCGUGCAGGAUAGCCAGGGGAACACAGGCUUUGUGCCCAGUACUUAUGUAGCUGAAAAAUCUAGCACCAACUUUGAGAGAUUUGAAUGGUACAACAAAAAAAUAACCAGAGGGGAAGCAGAGGAUUUGUUAAUGAACGAGGGAAAAGAAGGUGCAUUCAUGGUGCGUGACUCACGGCAGGCAGGAGUCUACACAGUGUCAGUCUUCACCAAAGCACCAGGGUCUAAUGGGGAGAAGAAUCCAAGAGUGAAACAUUACCAGAUCAGACAGUCAGAAACAGGACAGGGUGCAUUUUACUUGGCAGAGAAGUACCUGUUCAGCACCAUUCCUGAACUCAUCCAUUACCACCAACACAAUGCUGCCGGCCUGAUAACGCGUCUGAGACACCCUGUGUCUCAAGAUGGAGGCUGCUUCCAGGACAUCGCUGGCCCCUCACAAGAUCAGUGGGAAGUGGACCAUGAGGAGCUGACCCUGGGUCAGGAGUUAGGCAGCGGUCAGUUUGGGCUGGUGCGGGAGGGGACAUGGAGGGACAGGAAGGUUGCAGUGAAGAUGAUAAGAGAAGAGUACAUGUCAGACGAGGACUUUAAAGAAGAGGCGAGAAUCAUGAUGAGACUGUCCCACUGUAAGCUGGUUCAGCUCUACGGUGUGUGCACCCAACGUUUUCCCAUGUGUCUCGUGUUUGAGUACAUGGAAAACGGCUGUCUGUCAGACUACUUGAGAGACAACAAAGGGCGUUUGUCUCAGGACAUUAUGUUGGGGAUGUGUCUGGAUGUCAGUGAGGGGAUGGCUUACCUGGAGAGCUCCACCUUCAUCCACAGAGAUCUGGCUGCCAGGAACUGUCUUGUCUCAAAGAACAAUGAGGUGAAGGUGUCUGAUUUUGGCAUGACCAGAUUUGUUCUUGACGAUCAGUACACAAGCUCCCAGUGCUCCAAGUUCCCGGUCAAGUGGUCGGCCCCAGAGGUCAUCAAAUACUGCAAGUUCAGCAGCAAGUCGGACAUCUGGUCAUUCGGUGUGCUCAUGUGGGAGGUGUACAACGAGGGCCGUCUUCCCUAUGAGAACCGCUCUAACGCUGAGGUGGUGGAGUCCCUGAACGCAGGCCUGAGGCUCCUGAAGCCCCGCUUGGCCCCAGACGCUGUCUACCUACUUAUGGAGUGGUGCUGGAAGGAGAAACCAGAAGAUCGUCCAUCCUUCGCUCUCCUCCUGCAUGAGCUGGCCUCCCUCUCGGACCUGUGAACCAAGUUGCAAUCUGAGGAUGAUGAUUUUAAAAUUAACUUUAUUUAUUUAAUUUAUUGAUUCCGGUAUCACAUGUUUUUCAAAUGUGUGUGAAGUCAUUUCAUCUGGUUAUCAUCAUUAAAAUUGUUAAAAAACAGUAGACAAUUUUAAAAUCCCUGGAUAUUGCACUUUACCAGUUUCCUCGUUCUUUAUACAACCCUUGAAAAUGCUCAUACAGUCCAUUCACACAGCGACAGCUGCUUACUAUUCUAAAAGAUCUCUGUAUAUUAUAUACAUAUAUAUUAUGUUGUUUGACUGAUUGUCAAUUAAAUGAA